UUCGAUAAGGUACUCACGCCAGACGCAGCGGGGAAUAACAACGGGCCGUCUCACACAUGGAAGCACAAACGUAGUCGCCAGAAACACCAAAGUGCCAAGAUGAGUGCUCAACCAAAUGCUCAACAAGGCGGUUCGACCGAGAAGACACCUGCCAGCAGCACGGGACAGCCAAGAGGAGCCGACAGCGACGACAGUCUUCGGGACUGGGACGAUGAAUCAGCUGAUGAAAAUGGCGAGGGCAAACUUCUCUCCGGUGCUCAGGCCCAAGAUCCAGAAACGCACGUCUUAGCACAGUACCAAAAGCUGGAAUCACGACGAGUCGAUCUGGUCGGAGACUAUGCUGGAGACGAGCUGUUUUUGAUUGAAGGCGACUCGAUGCUGCGAAGAUGCUUCGACGACGACAAGCUGGACUUCAGCCCGGGAGCACAACUGCUACACGCCGUCUACAACGUCGAGCACUUUCUGCAUCAACUGGCGAAGCGAAAAUGCAAUUUCGAUCUGAUCUUCUUCAACAGCAACAGAGACCUGUGUCUGCCGCCUCUCGCAAGCACUGAAGUAUCCAGCAGAUACUACCUCGCCCGGUCGGCCAUCAUUCGUCACCUCCAAGCAAACGUGGCAAAAGUGCAUCCCGACAUUCGCAUCAAUGUGUUCGAAUCAUGGACGUCCAGUGGCUUCAUCAAAUAUCUCGAGAGCACUUCUCCCUAUUUCCUGAUGGCACACGACGGUGCACGCGCUGUCGACCGCAAGUCGCGCACGACUGAAGACGAUAUCGAACCACCCUCGCCCAAGUCGCACAGGGUCGCACUCCGUCAAAUGAUUCUGUCCUUCAUUGGGCGAGGAUUCAACGUGGCACUGGUCAAUGGACUUGAGUGGCGAGACACAAAGGUCAUGACCAUGGUGCUGGAGACUGGACGACGAUCGACGCAGCUCACGAAAGGUGGGCUGAAGGUACAGCCAGGGAAUGCUGUGUUGCCCACUCUAGACAUUGCGGCCGAUGUGGAGAAGCUCAAAGCUUUGGACAGUGGCCUGACACAGAGACAGCAUCUGGCUUGCCUGACUGUGGCCACUCUGUUCCGUGAUGAGUCGGAGAUAGAUGUGCAGAUUGCUGCUCGUCUAGGCGCUGCUUUCUUGCUUCAUCAGGCUUUGCUUGUGCAUCUUCCGUUGUCAGGACGUCGGGUCGAGGUCGGCACGGUACAUGCCAGUCUGCAGAGCCUCAUCAAUGCACUUGCAUCCACUGCAGAAGCCAUCUUGAACAGCUCUGCGUUCGAUCAAUUAUCCGAAUCUGGAUCUUUGGUGGACAUCUACGACUUUAUCGAUGGCCGCUUGUUUCUCAACGUGGCCGGCGCCAAGCCUGAGAUCUCCCCUGAGGUCAAAGCGACAUUUGAUCAGUUACUGUCAGCGGUUCAAGCUAUUUCAGAAGAAGCUGAGCUUGACCUCGAUGAUCUACCGGCAGGAAAAUCCAACGCGCAGCCCAGUUCAAUUGCUGAUGUGGCCACGGCAAAGACUGUCCGAGUACUGCCAUUCACCAACCAGGUAUUCGACAAGCACCUGGAAUUGGUCAAGAUCAAGACCACAUCCGCGGAGGCACCAGGAUCAGCACAAGCGCAAAGAAUCUUUCGAGAGGUGACCCAUUGGCACAACUACAAGAAGCCCAUCGUUCCGAAACCUGUAGUCGCACCCACAGACACGCGAGAGGCUCGAAAGAGGGUUCGGGAAGAUCGGAGAAAUCAGCUGUUCAUGGCUGAAAUGCGAACAUAUGCUGCAUCCCUUACGAACGCUGUAGGCAAGAGUCUGGAGCCGGAGACGAUAAUCGUCGGUGCCGCCAAGCAAGCUCCAAUCAAGUCCGACACUGCAUCGCCGAUCGACUCGGACACUGACAGCGCGAGCUCAGCGCAGAGUAAAGGCAAGCCCGGUGGCAAGAAGGGCGGUGGCAAAACGGCGCAGAAAAACGCUGGCAAGCAAGCUAUGCUCAACAAUAUCGCAGCAGCAAAGGCGAAGAAGGACGAGAGCUCCGGCGAUAAGAUUCAUGCUGCAUGGCAGGUAGCAUGUAAAGGCUUUGAGGCGGAUAAAGACCCCCGAGGACGAUACCGCAAGGCCAAGGAAUACUUGACGAACAUUCAGCCAGCAUGGAGGGAAGUUUUCGGCACUGAGGGCGAGCUCUACCUGGUCAGCAAUUUGCUGCACUUCUGGAUCGAUGCGUGCCGUCGGAAGGAGAAGAGCAGCAGGGCACAGGUUGCUGCGUUGAUCUGGAGCCACGCUCGGAGCAUUGCACAACAUGGGCCUUUGACAAAGUCAGUUGCCAAGAAUCUAGAGCUCACGCAAACCACGCUCAAGUUGCCAGCUCUGCCGCAGUACGCCGAAGCCCCUACCGAUAGAAAGCUUGCUUUUGUCUUUGCCCUUUCUGGUAACGUAGAUGGUUUAGCGAUCGAGCUGCCAUCUCGUGAAUUCCAGCUUCUCGAGUGUGGACCAUAUCUGGAACGCAGUUUCGACUCUCGAGCGGACCCGAGAGUCGAGUUCAAGCCCGAUGGCUGGCAGCGCCAGGUGCUUGAUACCAUUGACGCCGAAAAGAGUGCCUUUGUCGUCGCACCAACCUCGGCCGGUAAGACGUUCAUCUCUUUCUACGCCAUGCGCAAGGUUCUCGAGGCAGAUGACGAUGGAGUGCUCGUCUACGUUGCGCCCACCAAGGCUCUUGUCAACCAGAUCGCAGCUGAAGUGCAAGCGAGGUACUCCAAGAAGUUCAAGUACGGCGGCAAAUCCGUUUGGGCAAUUCACACUCGUGAUUACCGCAUCAAUAACCCAACUGGCUGUCAAGUGCUCGUUACUGUACCGCACGUGUUGCAGAUCAUGUUGCUCUCGCCUGCUCAUGCGAACUCCUGGUCCGCUCGCGUGAAGCGCAUUAUCUUUGAUGAAAUCCACAGCAUUGGACAAGCAGAGGAUGGUGUUGUUUGGGAGCAGCUGCUUCUUAUGGCGCCUUGCCCCAUCAUUGCACUCUCCGCCACCGUCGGCAAUCCAAAAGAAUUCAGCGACUGGCUCGCGGCCACGCAGCAAGCCAUCGGAAAAGAGCUUGUCACUGUGCAACACCCUUACCGGUACUCGGACUUGCGCAAGUACUUCUAUGUUGCACCAAAGAAGUUUGGCUUCUAUGGCCUGCCACAGAAGAGAGCAUUCGGAUCGCUUGGUCUUGAGGGUCUGACUGGCUUUAGCUUCGUUCAUCCCGUGGCAGGCCUCGUUGAUAAAUCCAGAGGUAUCCCUCAGGACCUGUCCCUUGAACCACGGGACUGUUUCACCUUGUGGAAGGCAAUGGUCAAGCUUCAGACGAAGGAACACACUGUGCCCGCCAAACUUGAUCCAAGCAAAGCUUUGCCAGAGGUUUCCCGCAAGAUCGAUAUUCUCAAUUGGGAAAAGGAGCUCAAGGUCUUGCUUGGCGAGUGGCUCGAGGAUUCAAGCUCGCCCUACGAUGAGUUGAUUAAGGAGCUUGAGAAGGAUUUCCGAUCCAGCGCGCGCGAAGGCCUAUACACUACCGAUCCUGAGCAGACCAAGGCAACUUCGAAGAUCGUUGAAGAACUUCCUACCACUUCCACCCUUGCGCUUCUAUGCCGUCUGCACGAGCAGGACGCGGUGCCAGCGAUUUUCUUCAACUACGAUCGGCACGAGUGCGAGCGCAUCUGUGAAGAAGUCGUCUCACAGUUGCAGUCUGCAGAAGAGAAGCAAGUCAAGAGCGGUCCAAAAUGGGCCAAGACGCUGGAGCGUUUCGAAGAGUACAAGAAAGUCAAGGCAAAGAACAACGCUCGUAACGCCAAAGCGACUUCGAAGAAAACAAAGCUGCAGGGCGAAGGCGAUGAAAAGGGCAGCAAGAAUGACCUCGAACGCGAAGGCGCUGAUGAUGGUGUAUCCAAGUGGGAGUCAUUCGAUCCCGACGCUCCGUCUGAGAAUUACCAUUUCGCCGACUACACCAAGGUGCUCGCGUCGGACCUUGACAUCUACGUGAAGCAAUUACGCCGCCGUGAGGUGCCGGAGUAUCUCAUUGGUGCUCUCGCUCGCGGAGUAGGUGUGCAUCAUGCGGGAAUGAAUCGCAAGUACAGACAAGUGGUGGAGAUAUUGUUUCGUAAGGGCUUCUUACGUGUGAUUAUUGCCACUGGUACCCUUGCGCUGGGUAUCAAUAUGCCCUGCAAGACUGUGGUCUUCUCCGGAGACUCAGUCUUCCUGACUGCACUCAACUAUCGUCAGUGCGCUGGACGUGCCGGUCGUCGAGGUUUCGACUUGCUCGGCAAUGUAGUCUUCCAAGGUGUUUCGAGGCAGAAGGUCUGCAGAUUGUUGAGUUCCAGAUUGCCAGAUCUGAACGGGCACUUCCCAAUCACAACCACCCUCGUGCUGAGGCUUUUCAGUCUCUUGCACGAAUCGAAGAAUGCCAAAUACUCAGUCAACGCCAUCAAUGCUCUGCUAUCGCAGCCGCGUAUGUACAUGGGCGGAGAGUCUUUUAAAGAGCAGACUAUGCAUCACUUGAGAUUCUCGAUCGAGUACCUCCGACGCCAGCAGCUGCUUGGGAACGAUGGCGCGCCACUAAACUUUGCUGGCCUCGUGUCGCACUUGUACUUCACAGAGAACUCGUCGUUUGCCUUCCAUGCUCUGCUUAAAGAAGGAUACUUCCACGAGCUCUGUGCGAACAUCGAGAAGAAUGAGAAAGACACUCUGGAGACUCUCAUGAUGGUAUUGUCACACCUAUUCAGUCGUAUCGAGUGCCGUCAAGCAGACGAGGAGUACCGCGAAAAAGUGGUGAAGCCAUCGUCUUCGAUGGUGUUCUUGCCACCAAUGCCGACAUCAGCCUCGAACAUCCUGAUCGACCACAACAAGCAGACACUCUCUGUCUACCGAGCAUAUGUGGAGACAUUUGUGGAUCAGCACAUCAAGAGCGAGGAUGUCAUGCUACCGUUGUCGGGUAUCAAGGCCGGCACAGAUGGCGCAAAAGCGCCAGCGAGCAUCCCAUCGUUGCCGCCGUCACGUAUCCGAUCGUCCUUUGUGGCCCUGUCUGGGGCUGGUGAUGAAUUCGAUAACAUUCACGACUUGUGCGCCACAACUCGUGAUGGCGUGUUCCUGGAGGAGGCGGUGAUCCCUCACAUGAAUGUCUACCCCGAGGAGAUGGAGGUACCUUUGAAUGCGUACCUGCUCGACUUCUACAAGCACGGCGACGUGCACACGAUUGAGCGCGCCAACCGCAUUCGCCGAUCCGAAAUCUGGUUCUUGCUCAACGACUUCUCCCUCGUCUUGGCUACGAUCAUCACCAGUCUCAUGAAUUUCAUGAAACUCACUGAAGCCACCGAUCUCGACAUGCUUGAAGUCAUGGGCAACAUGGACGCUCACGAAGAAGCUGAAGAUGACAAAAUCGCCGCCACCGAGACCGAAAGCACGAUCUCCGGUCCCAGCGUGGGCGGUGAUAGUGCGGUCGGUGGCCUGGUGGAUCGCACUGCAUCCAACACUGGUAGACCAGCUGCGCCAACCAGAAAGCAGGCGAAGAAUGCCGACAGCUGGGAGGAUCUUGCAGGAAGCGAUGAUGACGAUGACGUGGAGGCUUCCUUGGAGCGUGCUGUGGGUGAAGAAGCAGAAGCUCUCGCGCAGGAGCUGGCCAACAGUGCAUGGGAUGGCGAGGGCGGUGAGGGAUUGAAGAAUGUGCUCAAGGCCUUCCAGAAGUUGCACGCGGACUUCACGGUGAAGUUCAGAGCCAUGUGGGCUUAGUCUUUCUUAUGGGACUUUGCGUGGCGGGAAAAGCUGAUAAAAGAGUACUUAGCACGACUCCGUAUAGACAUCUCCUUGGAAGUGUGACAUCGUGGCUUAACGGGAUCUCAUACAAGAAAAACAGAAUCAAAACGCCCUGUAGCAGCCCCUGGGCGCUCAUGCGCCUUGCUAAUUCACACAGCGUCUGCCCCGUUCAUGCUACCGAUAAAAAACCACAUGGUCUCGUCAUCUUGAUCUCAUCAUUAUGGCUUAUGACCAACAGGAAAAGCGCCCAUCUGUGUAUGCUCAACGAAGGCACACCAAUUCUACCGCUUCUUUGCCGUUCCAAUGUGUGUACCGACAACUUUGGUGCCAAAUCCCAAGCUGGUUUUGCUAUCUUGCCAAUGGGCCUGCAAUGGACUGAGAUGCAGCAAGAGAAGAGUGCGAGACGAUUUGCCUGCCGUGGAGCCGCCAAGCGACGAUUGUAAGAGGUAAGUCAACUUGCUGUUCCUGUAUGGCACAUGGGCUUUACCGCCGCUCUUGCUACCAAGCGCAGCAAUGACAUCUCCGAGCGAUGCCAAAGACUUAUUGAUGGCUUGCGUCUCCUUCAAGGCGUUGCCUUUGGCUUCGGAUUGCUUGAGACGUUCACUGCCUGCCAAGUCGACCAGGUUGAGAACUCCUUCGCUGCUUUCACCCGUGGCUGCACAUGUGCCCCUGAGUGUCAUAAUGAAUAUGCUGUGACUUCGCGAACUGCGCUCGUUCGCUUUGGUCGCGGCUACCCUGCGGUUCUUCGCUGCUGUGUCCAGGAGGUUGGCCACAGCUUGCUCAGUGUACGCGUUGGCUGACGUUGCGACGUCGACGACGUCCCCUUCUAUGGGCGCUGCAGGUGGCCAAUUUCCAUGGUCGGCGGGCGGAGGCCACAGACGAUUCGUCGUGAGAUUCGUCACGGAAGUCUUUCCAGUGACAGCGUCAUGGUGAAUCUCGUGCUUCUCCUUCACUUUGCCUCGCACACUCGCCCCAAGAUCAUCAGCGUCAUCCCAGGACUUCGCAUCGCCCAAUAAAUCGUUCAAAGUCUCGUUGUAAACUUCAACGAAGUUGGCAUCCACUGCAUACUCCCAUCCCUUGGUCUUCAGCCGUUGCAUUUCCGCCAUGAGCAUGUGUAUGGCGCUCGGUAUGAUACCAUCAGGCCCACUCAUCCCAUACGUCUUCCCACUUCCUGUUUGACCGUAGGAUAGAAUGCUGACGUUGUAUCCGUCCACUACAGAUUGUAUCAGGUCUUGACACUCCUGGAAUACAGUCAAAUUCGGAGUACCAGGCGUAAAUACUCGAUCGAAAGCGUAGUUGUGCACUUCUUUUCGGACCUCCCCCGCUGCAGACGUCGUGGAUGUAUGCACGACCAUUUCUUUGCAACCCUCCAGAGAGUCUUCGUCCAGAUAGUCGACUUUGGUCGGAUCAUCCUCUCCUUUUAAGAGUGGUCUGGUUCGUGCGUAGACUCGAAUGUUCCCUCGCAGCUCCAGAAUUGUGUUACUCAGCUUCCGCCUGAGCACCUCCUCCUUACGAAGUGUCUCCACAGCCACGUCUUUGGCCGCAACAGCCUCCUCCAGAGAUUUGCGCAUGUUCGUGAACUCCAGACUCUGCGCCUCUUGAUUGCCUUCCAAGAAAUGCGCCUUGGACACGAGAGUGUUUCUCUCUUGUUCCAAUGCAGUGAUCCUCGCUUCAAAGGCGGUGAUUCGACUUCUCAAAGUGAUCUCUGUUGCCUUGCUGGCCUCCAGCUGUCGUUGAAGAUCUGCAGAUCUGUCACGCAGGGAUUGCACUUCUGAUGCAGACUCAGUUGCUCGACUCUCUCCAGCCUGCCGGAGUUCCUCCAAUUCUUUCUGCAUGAUUGCCUUCUCCUUUUCAUGCUCUGCUCGCAAUUGAGCCAUUUCUUCCCAGCUUUGCGAGGUCAGGUCUGCUUCUUUAUCGUUUUGCUGCCGCUCCCACGUCCUCCUAGCUUCUUCCAUCUCCCUUCUGAAUCGAUCGGCUAACUUUUCUCUCUCCCGCUCAAAUUGAAACUCCUGCUUCUCUUGCUUCAGCCGCAGCUCUGAAGAUUCUUUUUCCAGUCUCCUUUCCAUAUCCAGCAUCUCUCGCUCGUGGUCUCGACGUAUCUGGCGCAGGUCGGUCGAGGUCGUGUGCAAUUCGUUUCGUGUUCGUUCGAGGUCGACGGAGGAGGCCCUGAGGUCGGUUUUCAGCUCAUUCUUCUCCUUCUCCAGCUCGGCGGUGCGAGCUUUGUAGAUUGCCAGGGUCGAUUCGAUCGAGUCUUUCGCGGUAUUCGCUACGUCGAUGUCGCCUUUGAGCUGGAUGUACAUCCGCUCCAUAUCGUCGAGCCGUCCGUUUGUGUCCCAUGCUUUGCGAGAACCCGAAAGUGCCACCUCGCCAUCAUCCUCGUCGUCGUAGUGUGACGAUGUCGUCGUUUUCGAGACGCUGUAGCUGCUGUUCGUGCGAGGGACGAGUCCGAAGGGAUUCGCCUGCCGACUAGAUGGACGCGCUCCACGAAGACUGCCGGUGGCUGAGGCGAUGCCAGAUGCAGUUCGGGACAGAUUGGAGUCGCUGGUCGCAGGUCGUGCGCCGAAGCCAUUGGCGACGCUGGGCUUCGUGCGCAGAGUUCCUGAAGGCUCGCCGGCGCGCUCAGCGAGAGUCUUCCGCUUCAAGGGGGGCUCGGGCAAGCCGCUGACUUUGUGCUUGCUCGGUAUGAUGCUGCUCGGCGGUCCCAUCGCGCCGCCGUGUCUGUCGUUGCCAGCCCCAUGUGCGGUUCGCGCAUUUUGGUCGCUCGAGGUAGUCUCUUGCAGGGCGCGGUGGAGAUUGUUGAAGGCGGGAAGGCGACUGGGAGGCUUGAGACCGGAGGGCCUCGUGUUCUCGAGGGUGUCCAUGGUGUUGUGCGCAUGGAAAGGAUGACUUGCGUUGUCGAGAGACCGCCUCGAGCGUCAGACGAGAGUGUAGGUGAGAGCGGCCAACGGGGCAUUCAUGGUCGCGA